UAUAUAUAUAUAUAUAUAUAUGUAUGCGUUCGUUCACGCACUUAUCCGUCUUCCUACACCUCCUUCACCCCGACCAUCUUUCAGUCACCCGUUUGCCUCCCUCGAUCUGUUCGUUCUCUCUUCUUCCCUUUUUUUUCUCCUCUUCCUGAUCCCGCGUCUCGAGGUCGUAGUUGGUGCUUUGUUUAUCGCAAAUAUGCUCACUUUAGUAUACGCCUUCCAUGAGAAGACAGUGAAGCCGGACAGUCAGUUUAUGUCGAGAUACUGAGACGACAUAUAAAUGAACAAAAUGUCACAUAUGCGUCGAGUCGUUCCGUUAAGGAAAAUUACAGAGGACGAAGACAAUUUUUCUCAAAAACAUGAAGAUUUAUCACUAGAAUCACUAGAGAUAGUCUCACCGGUAACUAACAUGAUUCGUGAUUUCAAUAAAUCUACGAUCUCGUCUCCAGAGGAUGAUCCAAAUAAUUUAGAUCCGUCUUUAGGUUCGUCCAAAGUCUUGCCGCAGGUAGUAAAAGAACAAAGUCUUUUCAAGAAUGUAUUUAGAAUUAGAAGUACGCCGGAAAAGAAAUUAACACUUAAACCAAAAGCACGCAGACUAGUGGGCAUGGCAACACGAAGAAUUGUCAGUCUCGACACUCUAACGCCAUCUACCAACAAAGAAAAUGGAACUAUUAAUCGAAACGUUAUCACUAGCCCGCAAAAGACGACUGUAAAUAAAAAGUCACGUUUCCCAUUGGAAGAUUGCGACUCGAACAAUCAGGAUAAAGAAUAUGGAAGUACUAAUUUACUCGAGAAAGAUAACCGUACUGGUUUCCAAUUUGCCGAACCUCUUGGAGUUGCACCAAGGCGUAUGUCUGUUGAUCAACGAAGUCCAAUGCAAUCUCCUAUAAGAUCAUCACCUCAUGGACUAGUGACGGAUCCAAUGAUUUUUCGGAGUUUAUCAUCGGGUUACGAGAGUAUGGACGAUGAUUUGAACGAUCUAAUGGAUUUAGAUGCACUGGAUGAGGCAACCCAUUUACCAAACGGUCUAACGAGUCUUCUCUCUGGUAGCAUUGUUGGAUCAGAAAUAAUGGAAUAUGCAAUCAUAACAACCCCAGAAUAUCCACGUACAAAAGUAAAACGUUCAUUUCGUCGUUCGUUAUCACUUCAAAACGACAGAACUAAUCCACAAUCAUCGAUAUCGAAAGUACGUUCCUGUCUAUUUCGUUCACCAUCAACAACCUGUUCAACUCGUAAACUUUCUUUCGAUGAAGAUAUACAAUCCCGCACACCGUCGUAUUCCAGUAUCAUGGAUUCAUCCUCAAUCCAACCAACAAGAUCUUGUAAAAGAUCAGAACCACCAGCAUCGCUUAGUCCUCGGUUAAUGAAAAGGUCUAGAAUAUCGGUUGAUUUUCAACACAUACCGGAGAACGUAGAAUUGGAAAUAUCAUCGAAUAAAAAGGCAUCGUACGUAACGGAUAUCGAAACGAAACUAGUCAAAAAAUCUCAUAAAUCUAAUUUAAGCAUAGAGGAUAUCACGGAUGAAGUUGACUUUUGCAAUGUCUCGAUAAAAGAAUCUUUUGAUAAUAAAUUUGAGGAUAGCCAAGCGCAUGCCUUGAUCAAAUCAGCGAUACAUCGUAGUGUGACCGAUGCCGAUCUAACCGGUGAUUUUAGUAAACCUUGCAUUCUACCUCUUGCCGAUGGUCGACACGAUGAUCUCAAAUCUAUCUCCGUGGAUACCUUGGCUGCUCUGAUGCGUGGAGAUUUUAAACAAUACAUCGAUUCCUUUGUAAUCGUUGAUUGUCGAUAUCCCUACGAAUUCGAUGGCGGACACAUCGAAGGAGCUCUCAAUCUUUACAACAAAGAAUUAAUUGAACAACAUCUACUCGAUCCUUUAACAAACGUCCCAGAAAUUCAACCAAAUUCAAUCAAACGACGUAUUCUCGUAUUCCAUUGUGAAUUUUCUUGGGAACGUGGGCCGAACCUUUCACGUUUUUUACGAAACAUCGAUCGCCAACGUAAUAAAGAACAUUAUCCUGCUCUUUAUUAUCCAGAAGUUUAUCUUUUACACGGUGGUUAUGAACAAUUCUACAAAGAACAACGUAAUCUUUGUGUUCCCCAAGGUUACAAACCAAUGUCUGAUCCAAAUCACGAGGCCGAUCUCAAACAAUUUCGUGUUAAGAGCAAAAGUUGGCAGGGUGAAAAACCCGUAAGUAGGUUGAACAGUCUUGUGGUUAGGACGAAUAUCAAACGAUUAGGUUUCUAAAACUUUUUUCUUUUCUUCUAUUAUCGUUUUGUUUUUUAAUAUUUUUUUUCUUUUUUUUCGAAUCUCUUCUUCGUAUUCUCUCGUCAAGUUUCCUUACUUGGAUACGUUUAAAAGUGAUAAACUAAUUUUUGGUGAUGUAUUAUUACAAAAAAAAACAUUAACUAAUCCUAUAAUUUAAUUUAAUUUCUUUUUAUAUAUAUGUUUCGGGAUUGAACGCGCGAAUUUGUUUUUUCUUCUUCUUCUUCUUUUUUUCUUCAUACUAUUUUUUCCUAUCUUUACUCAAAAUACAAUCGCGCGUUCAAAGUGCAAAAGGAACAAGGAUGCUCGGAUCGAGUUAUCCUUGUCCAAGAAAUAUGUGAGCUAGUGAACUUGUUUAGUGUCCGAUUUGAGAUUACAUCUUAGUGACUUUUAGUGAAAAUUUUCUUUUCCUUUUCCUUUAUUUUUUAUCCUUCUUUUUUUUUUUUAUUUUAACUUUUUGUUUCUUUGUACAUACCUAUUACUUAAUUUCGUUCUUCCAUAUGAAUAAAUUUAAAAUCAUACAAACGGUAGCCAACAAGACAGAAAAAGAAAUUAAAAAAGAGAAAAGAACAACAAAUCAAUAUACCUAU